GUUAAUUAUUCAUUUCUAUCGUACAGUGUUUGAUACACCCAUGUAGCUGAUAUUAAAAAUCAAAGUUCUCAGUGUUUCAGGAAGUUAAAAGACGAUGCAACAACGUGUACGACAUUCCUUAUUGUAGGAUGCUUAGAAAAUACUUGUUAUUUCUUGGCCAGGAUCCAUAUCAAGGAGACGGGAUUCGUACAGUUCUCACGAUUGUGAUGAUAACCCUUCUACUUGGUGUUAUUAUUCCAACGUCGUUCCAAUUAUAUAUAUCGUUGCUUGAGAAAGAUAUUAAUGCUGUUCUUGAGUGUAUGCCGCACUUAACAGCGAGUAUCAGUACGAUGGUUAAAAUUCUGAAUGGCCAUCUGAAUAAAGAAAACUUUCGAAAAUUAUACCAAUUGAUGAUAGAAGAAUGGGAAUUGUUGAAAUUGAACGAUGAGUUACACGUGUUGGAUAAAAUUACUGAAAGGGGAAGUAAACUUGCCCAUUUAUACAGAAGUACACUGUUAGGGUGUCUAGCGAUAUUCCUAACAGUUCCAUUGCUUCCUCCUCUUCUGGAUGUUAUUGUACCUUUGAACGAAACCCGACCACGGCAGCAAUUAGUGAAAGUGAAUUAUUUGGUCUUCGACGAAAAAGAAUAUUUUUAUAUCGUUUAUUUUCAAUUGGCCAUUGCGGCGUUCAUUGCCGUCGCCGGUAUAAUUACUAUGGAUUCUUUGUACAUGACUAUAAUUCAUUACAACAGUGGACUGUUCGCAGUAUGCGGAUAUCAGAUCCAAAAAGCGACGGAAAGGGACUACAACUUAAUUACUCACAGGCGUACCACGAAUGACCACAAAUACGCGGAUUUCAGACGUUGUGUGAUCACCCAUCACAAGGCUCUCCAGUUUUACGAGAUCUUCAAGGAGAGCAGUACAAACUGUUAUUUACUUCAGAUUGGCUUGAAUAUGACAGGUAUAAGUGUAACUGCUGUCCAGGCAGUUUUAAAUAUGGAUACCGAUUCGAAAGACGAAGCCAUCAGAAAUGUAAUAUUUUUUGGCGCGGAACAAUUUCAUUUGUUCGUUAGCAGCCUACCUGGACAAGUGCUGAUUGAUUAUUGUUCGGAUUUUGCAGAUAAUAUAUACAGUUCGAAUUGGUAUAAAACACCGAUCGAAAUUCGGAAAAUGAUUUAUCUGAUCCAAAUAAGAGCCAAUAAAUUGUGUGUAUUAACCGCUGGUGGAUUAUAUGACAUGAACAUGGAAAAUUUUGCAUCGAUUAAGCAAAUUGAUCUAAUACCACCCGUUCGUCUGAAACGGAACAAAUGUUAUACUUCCUACAGAAGUGAUUCGAUGCAGUAUCAGUCGUGUUGUAGAUGGUUAAAAAUUGACUUUUCUUACAGCGAUACAAAGAUGUUCCAGAAUAAUGGAAACCGAGGCGUAAGCGUGUACGAUAUACCCUAUUACAAACUACUUAAAAGAUACUUCAGAUUUUUGGGGCUGGAUCCUUAUCACGAAGAUUCAAUCAGUAGUAUUACUGUAUAUGUUAUGAUAUGCAGCGCGCUCGGUAUGGUUAUUCCAACAUUCUUAGGAUUCUACACAUCGAUAGUGAAAAAAGAUAUGGAUCUAAUGUUCGAGUCCCUGCCAUAUUUUCUCGCCGCCUCCAUCGGCAUCGUUAAAAUAUUGAAUGUACAUCUUAAUAAAUCAAACUUUAGAAAAUUAUUAAAUUGGGUGGCAAAAGAAUGGAAACAUUUAAAAGAGAACGACGAACUGAAUGCGCUGGAGAAGCUUACCAAACGAGCAAGUACCGUUGCAAACGUAUACAGAACUUGUUUGCUCUCGUCUAUGGUAAUAUUUCUGUCGCUCACGUUGCUUCCAUCUGUCCUGGACGUCGUUCUACCUCUAAACGAAACACGACCACGACAACAAUUGUUUAACGUCAACUAUUUGUUCUUCGACAGCGAAGAUUAUUACUAUUUCGUGUAUUUACAGUUAUCUUGGAGUACGCUCAUUUGCGUUACCAUUAUAGCCACCGUUGAUUCAUUAUAUAUCAUCGUCAUUCAUCACGCCAGUGGAAUGUUUGUCGUAUGCGGUAAACAGUUCCAAAAAGCGACGGAAAUGGCGGACAUGAUAGACGGAAAUGAACAAUUCAAUCGGUUCAGGUGUUGCAUGGUCACGCAUAACAAGGCCCUCCAGUUCUACCAGAUACUAAAUGAAACUAGCACGAACAGCUAUUUGUUUCAAGUCGGAAUAAAUAUGAUUGGGAUAAGUGUAACGGCUGUUCAAUUGAUCCUGAACCUUGACAGACCGGAAGAGGCGACCAAGGCUGGCGUACUCCUUGUAUCGAAGCAGUUUCACUUAUUCGUCAUUAGUUUGCCUGGUCAAGUAUUGCUGGAUCAUUGUGCGGAACUGGCAACAAAUAUAUACUGUUCUAAGUGGUACAAAGCACCGGUCAGAAUUAGAAAAAUGAUUCAGAUUAUGCAAAUGAGAUCCAGUACACCGUGCGCACUGUCGGCUGGAGGACUGUACGAAAUGAGUAUCGAGAAUUUUGGAAACACGAUGAAAACAUGCAUGUCGUACGUUACGAUGCUGUUGUCGUUGAGGGAAUGACUCCUCAACACGUUUAACUGAAGGAUCUUAAAUCGCGUCCGUAGUUUGUUCUACUUAGGAAAUAAAACACGUUAUUACUGAAGAAACGAGUUAAAAGAGAGUUGUGAUGUAGUU